AUGGAUGAGUUCAACAAGAUUUUUAAAAGUUCGGUGUUCGGGGAUGAAGCACGAUGUAGUGAUGAGCAAGAUGAGGAAAUAAAUGAAUUCGAAGAAAUAGGCCGGAAGCGUAAGAAAAAGUUUGAUCCUUACGAGGCAAACGGGGGGACUGUGCUGGCAAUCGCUGGCGCGGACUUUGCUGUGGUUGCUUGCGACACACGAUUAAGCAGCGGCUACAACGUCACAUCGCAGGACCAGACGAAACUGUUCAGGAUGACCAAAGAGUCGAUGGUGGCAUCCACGGGGUGCUGGUGCGACACCCUCGCAUUGACCAGCCUGCUUGAGAUGCGCAUCCAGAUGUACGAGCAGGAACACAAUAAGACCAUGGCGACUGAUUCGCUGGCUCAGAUGAUAUCCAUUGUGAUGUACAACCGCCGCUUCUUUCCCUACUUUACGAGCAGCAUCCUCGCCGGCCUCGACCGUAAGGGCAAAGGCAUCGUCUACUACUUCGAUCCAGUUGGCCACUAUGAGCGCUGCCGUUAUCGUGCUCUCGGCACCUCGUACGCGCUGCUGCAGCCCUGCCUGGACGAGCUACUCGGCUGGGAGAAUCUGUUGCCCUCGAAGCCCGUGCCGGUUUUCAACGUCUCCAAGCAAUCGGCCAUCGAGAUAGCGCAGAAGUGUUUGGAAAUUGCCUCCGAUCGGGAUCUCUUUUCGGGCGAUAAGGGCGAGAUACAGUGCAUCACCAAAGAUGGCGUCACAUCCACAACAAUUUUACUGCGCGGCGAUUAG